AUGGAAUUGUGGUUUUACUUAUCGAGGAGAGACGUGCGGUUUCUUUUCACCGAUUAUCCUGGAAUUAAAGGCGCUAAAGUCCAUGCUGGAUUCCUAAACACUUCUAAAAACAUUACGAAUUUGGUGAAAGAAAUUGUCCCAAAAACUCCCGGGUAUAAAGUGGUUUUGACUGGUCACAGUCUUGAUGGAACGGUGGCUGGUUUUCAGUCAUUGGAACUUGUCAGUAUUCCUGGGCUUUCUCGCGACAACCUAUUCGUUUACGCUUAUGGUCAAUUGCGUAUAGAACGAUAUUGCUCCUCAUUAACCGCCGAGAGCGGUUGGAUAUGUUCAUCAUUCACCAGAGUAUUGGGUUCAACCGAUUCAUUAAGAAAGGAGAUGGAUACAAAGAAGUAUUGUUAUGAGCAAAAUCAAAAUCGAUACCAGUUGCCAAUGGGAUCAUACA